AUGAAGAACGAGAAACAACUCAUUGCUUCUUGCAUUCUUACCCUACCAUUGUCACCCAGCCUCACGCAUUUACUACCAAACCCCCAUCCGCAUAUUCCGUACAGCACAAUGUACACCAUCACGUUCAACGCGUCGGUUGUCCUCCUGCCUCUCGAGAGCGGGAUUCUGCCUUUCCCGCUGAAACGCGACGUCAUCGAAACACUCCCUCGGCUUGGAAGGCCAGAGUACGGGUCUGAAGAUGAGGGCGAACUAGCCACUCUCCUCGUUAGUAAGUCCGUACGAAGGAUUUCCGACCGCCUCAGCGGAGUUUUUCGUCGUCGUGAUCGCCAGCGCGGAGUCAAGGUUGUCCCCUCUCCCAAGGUCAACGACGUGGACGAUGUCGCCAGCAACAACGCGAUAAUGUGGUUCACUAGCGCCGACAACUGGCGUCCUGGCUUGCUACCUCUCGAGCAGGCUGCGCGUCGCGCGGAUAUCGGGAUGUUCGUGAGGCAGGUCGCGCCUGAUACAAACAUUGGAACACGAGGUGAACAGGAGACCGGGAUUCCAUUCUCCCCGCUUAAAUGCGAUACCAUCGACACACUCCCUCGGUUUGGUGAGCCAGAGUAUGGGUUUGAGGAUGAGGGUGAACUAGCCACUCCCUUCGUCAGCGAAUCUGUGCCGAGGCUUACCGGCCGCCUCAGCGGAGUCAAGGUCAUCCUCAGAGUUCCUGCUUCUCUAUUUGUCGCGUUUCACUAA